CCUAUCCUUACCCAACGACCACCACACUCUUCAGCGACAGUUCGACGUGCAAAAACUCUUACACGCCCAGAGCGCAGCGUCGCACCGGUCCCGCUCAUCACACCACAGCAUGCCCCAAUUGGUGGCUCCGAUGUAUCCUCAACCGAGAUCCCAUGGGACGCAUGGCGCAUCUUUUCGCGAAUCGUGACAUUCUGGGCACCGUCAUUUCUCCUUUCGUCUGUUGGAGGCCUGAAGGAAAAGCAGAUACAGCAGGCAUGGAGAGAGAAGAUUGGCCUUUGUUUCAUCAUUGCUAUAAUGUGCACCUUCAUCGGCUUUCUCACCGUCGGCUUUCAGAAGGUGCUCUGUCCGGGGAGCGCGCAGACUGCAGGAAAGUUCGUUCGCGUAGGAACAAGACCGGACACGCUCGGAGUCCAGGGCUGGCUGGUCAACGUCACCAAGACUCCACAGGUCAACGGAGUCAACUUUGGAACAUUACUCGAGUCGCCCGGCCAAGAUAUCACGACACUCUUUCAACGCGACGCGAGCAGCUACCCUGCCUGCAACGGUCUCAGCUUCAGAGCAGCUGCAGAAGCUCCGUGCGGUAACAACGCUUGCACGCUGCCCACUUUGAAUCAGCAAACGCUCUCCAGCCUCAAUAUGGUGAACACUAGUCUCAUCGUUGGUUACGACUGGUCCGACGUAGCACAACUCCAGAACUAUCUUGUUCUCGACGGUGCUGUCCUUGACAUGAAUUCCUAUAUGGCUCUUCACCCCACCCCCAUCCCUAGCGACUCGGUUGACGCCGCCAUUCGCCAGAUCCUCACGCAGAUGCCAGGAGACAGCGGGCGCGACGGAACACGCUUGUUCUUUUUUUACCCAGAGACCAGGGCCGCAGUUCCGUGCCUUAUCCAACGUUACUACGCCGGAAACAUUGACAAGAUCACGCCUGGUUGUUUCGCUUCCCAGCUGAUUCUGUACGCUGGCCUCAUCGUCAUUCUAUCGCUCGUCAUGGUCCGUUUCGUCAUGUCCUGCAUCUUCAGCUGGUUCAUCUCUGCCAGGCUGGCAGGCCCGCCGGACACCAUGUCGCUUAACCGCUCGGCCAUCAGCCCCGCUGUCAUGCCUGAAGGCGCGAACAUGUCAAUUGAUAACCCGAACGGCACUGCCCCGUGGGCCAGCGGCAAGAAGCUUACGGUGCCGAGCAAGUCCAUGCGUUCCCUCGCGUCCAGCAACUCCACACUUCUUAACGACGGUACCGCGCCCAUCGUCUCGCUCGCGCAGAUUGGCGCCGAGCUGUUCGCAGUUUGCCUCGUAACGUGUUACUCGGAAGGCGAGGACUCGCUGCGUACGACCCUUGAUUCGAUAUCAACAACGACCUACUCGGACGCGCGGAAACUGCUCUUCGUCGUGGCGGACGGUAUGAUCACCGGUGCUGGAGAAAAGAAGAGUACACCGGAUAUUUGUGUCAGUGUACUGGAGGCGGAUCCAAGGUUUGGAAACCCUGUUCCGAUGAGUUACAAUGCCGUUGGCGCAGGCGUCAAGGCGGAAAACCGAGCAAUGGUGUACGCAGGACAUUAUACUGUUGCAGGACGCCGUACACCUACCAUUAUUGUCGUCAAAUGUGGAACAGAGAGGGAGGCGGCGACAGACAAGAAACCAGGCAACCGAGGGAAGCGCGACAGUCAGCUUAUCCUCAUGAACUUCUUCUCCCGCGUCACGUACAACGAUCGAAUGACACCUCUCGACUUCGAUCUCUUCCGGAAGAUCCAUAUUCUCAUGGGGGUCACACCUGACUUUUUUGAGGUCUGCUUGAUGGUUGAUGCCGACACCAAAGUUGCCCCCGAUUCGUUGAAGUACCUUGUCAACUGUAUGCACCACGAUCAGAUGAUUAUGGGUGUCUGCGGCGAAACCCGGAUAGCGAACAAGAGACAGUCAUGGGUCACCGCCAUCCAGGUCUUCGAGUACUUCAUCUCACACCACAUGGCAAAGGCGUUCGAAUCCGUCUUCGGUGGUGUCUCCUGCUUACCCGGGUGUUUUUCCAUGUUCCGAUUGAAGGCGCGAAAGUCGACAGGCGAGGAUUGGGUGCCCCUUAUUAUCAAGCCGGAAAUCGUCAAGGAGUACAGUCAAAGUAUCGUCACCACUCUUCACGAGAAGAAUCUACUUCUACUCGGUGAAGAUCGCUUCUUGACGACCAUCCUUCUGCGAACGUUCCCAAACCGAAAGAUGAUGUUUUUGCCGCAAGCAAGAUGCAGGACCGUCGUCCCCGACACGUUUAAGAUUCUGCUCUCGCAGCGCCGUCGGUGGAUCAACUCGACCAUCCACAACCUCAUGGAGCUGGUCCUCGUGCGCAACCUCUGCGGCACGUUCUGCUUCAGUAUGCAGUUCGUGGUGUUCAUGGAUCUCCUGGGUACCGUCGUUCUGCCGAUUGCCAUCACCCUGACGUAUUCCCUCAUUAUCAACAUGGCACUCGACCCGCCUAAGACGUUCGAGGAAGCCAUUCCUCUCGUUCUGCUCAUUGCAGUUCUAGGUCUUCCAGCCGUGUUAAUCUUGAUCACAACGCGCAAAGUGGUGUACGUCUUCUGGAUGCUCAUCUAUCUUGCGGCGUUGCCAGUAUGGAAUCUCAUCCUGCCGGUGUAUGCGUUCUGGCAUUUCGAUGACUUCUCUUGGGGAGAGACACGGAAGGUCGAAGGUGAAGCGAAGGGUGAGGCGCAUGGAGAUGGCGGAGCCGCACACUCUGGCCCCUCAAUACCGUUGCGGCGCUGGGAAGACUGGGAGCGAUCCCGCUUGCGCAAGCUACGCCGUGAAGAACGUCGACGACGCGAAUUCGAGCGCCAACAUGGCUCGUACAUGACUGCGAACGGUGAGCUUCUCACGGUUCGAUCACCUGUGCAUAGCCAGUAUGGAGGAUCAGAUACUAUAUCGGUUACAUCUUCAGAAGACGAGCACUGGGCCGCGCAAAUCGGUGGUUACAACGAGAACAGCGCGUCGUAUCCGCCACCGCCGAUAGGUCUCAUGCCCCAAGCGUCCGUCAGCGGCGAGAGCGUAUCGGCCUCGGAGCUCGAAUCUAUGCUCGAGCACGGGUACGACGACCGGCCACAAUAUCGUGGAGCUUCACAGACGCCAAGCCCGCAGCGGUACCAGCUGUCCGACAGGCCUGGCGAGUACACGCCCCUGUCACGGACAGCAGCGUCGUCACCGGUUUCGUCGACAGGACCCGUGGAUGGCCUCAGCUCGGCGGCAGAGCCAUAUCGGACACAUGUAAAGAAGCGAAGCGGCGGAGGUUCGGGAGCAAAGUACGGACCGCUCGGUCCCCUGGACCCAGGCUCGCGUAUCUGAGCGGAGUGGCCAUAAUGUUCACGAAGCCUGAUAUGAUGUGCCAUGAGGUUCGGACUUUUCUGCCAUCCAUCUACACAUUCUUCGUUUUGCAUAUUACUCAGGUUUCGGUCGCCCUCACCCAUCACAUGGACUCAGUCUCCUCCCCACUGUCGCUUCAUUGUUAUGCUUGUUUGUCACCUCCCUCCUUGUUUCGCGCUGUUGCAGGAUUUUAUGCGCAUGUUUGUCGUACGUCAUCAUUAUUUUCCCGUACUACCACCCGCCCUACCACCGCUGCCGCAUCAUCACACUUUCCCUCGACAUCACUCCCCUGGCCCGCCCGCGCUCCACUGAAAAUUACCCAUCGUCGUAAUCCAUAGACGGCACCGCCCUGCUGGAUUCCGGGCCAGCCAAAUACCAUAGUACACGCUACGCCACACGCCGACACCACCCAUCACACAGGCCGGCUGUUCGGCGGGUGCUGCAUCGCGUCCACGUCGACCCUCGCCGUCUUCGUGGACGUUUUGUGUAACUGUCAUACCUCGUAUUCUGUUGAACUCACCUCACACAUCGCACCCGUCUUCUCCUGCCGCUGCUACUGCAUUGUUGACUGCCUACUCUUCCCAUCCGUAUUAUUAGUUUGGGCCCUAGAUCUCUCUUGGACGCUUCGUAUUCAAUGAAGAGAAUGGAAUCUCUCGCUUA